AUGAAAGCCGGCCAGUGGGAUCCUAAGGAAAAGAAGGUCGUCGUGAACGAUGUGCCGAAACCAACCGAAGCUCCAAACCAGUUUCUGGUCAAGAUACAAUCCGCAUCGCUAUGUCACUCCGACCUCCUCCAUGCUAUGAGGCCGGACUACGCUGUCACGCUGGGCCACGAAGGCGUCGGCUAUAUUGAGUCCAUCGGCAAAGAGGCAAGCGACAAAGGCUUUCAAGUCGGCGACGCGAUUGGCUUCAAUUACUUUAUCGGCGCUUGCUUCGAAUGCGAAGGAUGCAUGGUUCACAACGUGCGAUGCGAGAAAGGUAACCAGAAAUUGCAAGGUUUCGUAGCAGAUGGUUACUUUGCCGAGUACGCAGUUGUAGAUUGGCAGAACGCUAUCAAGUUGCCCGAGAAUUUGGAUAUGAGUAAGACUGCGCCACUGUUUUGCGCCGGUAUCACAGCUUUCCAUUCGGUGGAUAGUUGCGAGUUGAAAUCAGGAGAUUGGUUAGCGGUAAUCGGAUGCGGUGGCUUGGGCCAAUAUGCUAUCCAGUAUGCAAAAGCUAUGGGUAUCAAGACCAUCGGUCUCGACAUCAACGACAAUCAACUCGAUGUGGCGAAGAAGGUCGGCGCGGAUGCUGUCUUCAACUCCAUGAAAAACAAAGACUAUCUUCAGGAGAUCAAGAAACUCACUGGUGGUAAGGGAUGUCAUGCUGCGGCUGUCUACAGCGCGUCAAACGCAGCAUACGCCGGUGCGCUAGAUGUUUUGAGAACAGGCGGAUUACUUAUGGUGAUCGGCAUCGCGCCUAAAGGACUUGACUUCAUAAACACAUUUGAUUUGACAACGGGACGGUAUCGCAUCAAGGCCGAUAGCACGGGUAUUCCCCAGCGAAUGAAGAAGGCGGUCGAAUUUACUGGGAAGCAUAGUAUACAGCCAGAAGUCGAGUUCCGCAAGAUCGAUGACUUGCCGCAGAUGGUUGCGGAUAUGGAGGCUGGUAAAGCGGAGAAGAGACAGGUCGUGGUGUUUUAG